CUCGUACACGUCUGACAUUCCUGAUGAAAACCUGUUGCAAGAACCGCCCACUAACUAGCAUAUAGUAUAAAAAGAGGCAGGUUUGCCUAUUGAGUCCAUCUGAAUGAAGACCCAUUUUGAAAAGUCCUUGUCAUCAUUCCGGAUUAACAAUGGUGGUUUACGAGGUGACCGUCCACACUGGCGACCGCGUUCAUGCCACCACCUUGAACAACAUCCACAUUAAACUAGUGGGCACAGAAGGCGAGAGUGACCGCACAUGGCUGAUGUCUUUGGUCAUCUUCAGAGGAUCAGUGUCUACUUAUUCUGUGACCUGUGAAAAGUCCCUCGGACAGUUGGUUCUGAUAGAACUAGACAAACGAAAACUCAUCAUUGUCCCUAGUGAUGCUUGGUUCCCAGACAAGGUGGAAGUCAAAUCACCCGAGGGGGACAUUUAUACCUUCCCCGUCUACUGCUGGAUCUCUGACAGUGAGACUCACCGCUACAGAGAGGGCAAAGCUCUGAGGAUCUUUGAAGACAGCAACCCUCUUGGUCAGUACGCGCGGGAGCAGGAGCUGAGCCAGCGGAGUGUAGACUAUAACUGGGAUUUAUAUCAACCAGGCAUGCCAUACACCAUUAAGUCAGAUGGUCCUCUUGACCUGCCAGACGAGGUCCAGUUCUCCUUCACCAAGAGUACGCAGUUUGCUUUCACGGCGGCCACAGGGGUAGCUGAGCUGAGGCUAAAGGGGCUGGCUGACAACAACGACACUUGGAAAAAUCUUGAUGAUAUCAAUGAAGUGUUCAAUAACAAAGACACCCGUUUAUCAGAUUACAUCCAGGAACACUGGAAAGAGGAUAGUUUAUUUGGAUACCAAUAUCUAAACGGCUCCAACCCCAUCCUGAUUCGUCGGUGCAAAACUCUGCCCCCGAACUUCCCUGUGACAGAUGACAUGGUCUUCAUCCCUGAGGGCUCAAACUUGUCCAAUGAGUUGAAGCAAGGCAACAUAUACCUGUGCGACUACAAGAACUUGGACGGAAUGCCAGGAAACACAGUCCUAGGGAUGCAGCAGUACUUGGCGGCGCCCCUUGUCCUGUUUCACAAGAGACCUGACGACAAACUGAUGCCCAUCGCCAUUCAGCUGAAGCAGACCCCGGCUGAGGACAACCCCAUCUUUGUCCCGAACGACUCCAACUAUGACUGGCUGACGGCAAAGAUAUUUGUGAGAAGUGCCGACUUUACCGAGCACCAGCUCAACUCACACUUGUUGCGCACUCACCUGCUGGCCGAGGUCUUUGCAGUAUCGCUGCUGCGCAACCUGCCCAUGGUGCAUCCCCUCUACAAGCUCCUCAUACCCCACACUCGCUACACUCUGCAGAUCAAUGAAAUGGCUCGAUCCACACUGAUCGGCCCCAGUGGAGUCUUCACCUUGUUUGCAGCUUCUGGUGGAGAGACUUUGACGAAGAUCCUGGCGAGGUCACUGUCCUCCAUCACGUAUAGUUCCCUUUGCAUCCCAGAUGACAUCGCGGAGCGCGACAUGCAGGAUAUCCCCAACUACUACUACAGGGAUGAUGGGCUCAAAAUCUGGAAGAUCAUGUCUAAGUUUGUGCAGGGAGUGCUAGAGUACUACUACAAAAGUGACGAUGAGGUCCUGAAAGACUCCGAACUGCAGACUUGGAUCGGGGAUAUUUUUGAACAUGGCUUCCUUUCCCAGCCUAAAUCAGGAAUCCCUCAGAGUUUCACCACUGUGCCUGAGCUGAUCAAGUUUGUCACCAUGGUGAUGUUCACUUGCUCGUGCCAGCAUGCAUCUGUAAACAGUGGACAGUUUGACUAUGGCGGCUGGAUGCCCAACAGCCCCCCGACCCUGCGGUGUCCUCCCCCGACAGAAAAGGACACAACGACCGAGGCCACAAUGUUGGCGACGUUACCCCCUAUCAGUGUAACAGUUCAGGGGAUGGCAACACUCUGGCUGCUCAGCAGGCAGUCAUCAGACUUUGUUCCCCUGGGACACUACCCAGAGGACCACUUCACCGAGGAGAUCCCCCGCCAGCUGCAAAGUCAUUUUAAAGCGGACCUCGACAUGUUCAGUGUCUCCAUCAACAACAGGAAUGCGUAUCUAGAAAUCCCUUACACUUACCUGGAUCCAAACAAGGUUGAGAACAGCGUGGCCAUCUAAAAAUAUUCAAAGUAUAUGUAUUAACGGGCAAAAUUUGCUUGUUUGUGUUUUGAUCUCAUAUUAUGUAAUACUAAUCAAUUUUGCCAGACAGGUAAUGUUAGUAUGUGUUAUGAUUGCAAUGCUAAAAACAGUAUAUAGUACAGAGGAACCUCUAAAUAAGCAAAACGAAAUGUACUUGUCCUUUGAAAACACUGCAGUCGCCUAUUGGCCUGUGUUGUGUAUUUACAGUAUGUUAGCAUCUGCUUGGGAAAGUUCAUUUGUGUACGCAUAUUGCCACAACAUUUCUUAUGUCACUGUAAGUGCUGUGUCCAAUUCUAUGGUUAUCAUCACACUUUUCCUUUUUGCCAUCACUGUUACCCUUAAUCGUUUUUAAGACUCGUGGAGCGGAAGUCUCACAAGAUUCAAUUUUUUUUUAUUAUGAGCGAAGCAAUUUUAAUUUCAAGAGUAUAAAGUCAUAAUUUCACCCAAAAAAUUGUAGACAUUUUUUACAAUUUUUUUUACAAUUUUUUUUACUACGUAAGCAAACUAUAGACAGCUAUUUACCAGGAAAAAAUAUUGCUGCCAUGACAUAUUUUAAAAAUCAGUAUUUUGAAAUUGUUGGUAUAUUGCUGAAAAUUGGUGGU